AUGGCUAAGGAGGAUAUCAUGUUAGAGGUGCUUAAGGCAAAAGAAGAGAACAAUUUGGCGGUUAGUUUGGAAAAAAGCAAUAUGUUUAAUUUUAUUAUUGCAAAACUUUUGGUCAUGUAUGGUGGACUCGUUAAAAGAGGCCAAAUCAAGCAAGCUAUGGUAAAGAGAAAGAAGAAGAGGAGCAAGAAAUCAAAAGAGUCACACAAGAUCAAAGUAAGGCUUGGAGAUGACAAACAAAUGCAAGUUGAAGCCAAAGGAACUAUGGCAAUCACCAACAAUCAUG